UACAAAUGGUAAUUUAAAUCGCAAAUAGUAAUUUUUAAACUCAAAUUUUGAAAUAAUUAAUCCGGCUUUAUAUAGAGUUAUUACAACACAUCAAUUGCGUAACUACUGAGUAUGGAUAGACCGAGGCACUGGCAAAGCUUCUGUGAAGAUCAGUUUCUGAAUGGUCCGUUUGAAGAAAUCAGAAAGCCACUGACAGAAAUAUUAAUCAAGACUUUAAACAAAGAAUUCACGGUCACUAAAACGAGUCCAACCGUGAAACUUCGUAGAGCUAUUCAGCUGCAGGAGCUAGCAUGUGCUACAGAAAUUAAAAGAACUGCUAUACAUGAAGCAGGUCAUGCCUUAUGUAUAUGGUUUUGGGGAUCUAAGAAUGUGGUUAAGAGUUCUACAAUAACAGGAGUCAAUUUAAAAUAUUUUUCAGCACCUGGACUUACUACUUACAAAAAAUACGAUCCUGAAACACUUGAUGACUACUUUGAAGAACUUGGUGUUUGUUUAGCUGGUUGUAUCGCUGAAACUAUGUUCUUCCCAGAUAGCAAGUUCUUCACCAAAAAUUCGAAUUAUUACUUGCCAGGAGACGAUAUGCAUGAUGCUUUGAACAUAGCACAUUCCAUGGCAAAACAAAAAGGAACUAUGGAAAACAAAGCUAAAGUCGACCGUGAAACUCUGGAGAAUGUUUCAAUUUAUUUGCAGAAAGGCUACAAAGCAGCAUCGUAUUUGCUUAAAACUAAAGAAAAGAUGUUGAUAAGGAUUGCUCAGGAGCUCACAAUCAAAUCAACUUUACGAACGAAAGAUUUUCUAACACUUUUAGGACCUCCAAAAAGCAGGCGAUUUAGCUUAUACGAUCGAUUUUGCGGCUUUUCUAUUGUCUUGAGGUCACGUGAGAGGAAGGAGCCAAAAAAUAUGGAUGCAGCUCAGUCACUUGCAAGAUAUCAAGAAACAAAUAAAAGAAAAGCCAAAUCAAUGGAUUUAAUGACGAAAAAGAAAUCAAAACCACUUUUAGUAUCCUUAAGAAUUUGA